ACUGAAUGGCAGCCAUCAUCGUCUGUCCACGUGGUGGGGAGGCAUCGGCAGCGGUCUCGGUUUUUUGACCUCGUGGACCUUUAGCGUGAUUUUACGGGAAACAUGAUUCAUAGCGUUUUCAUCAUCAACAAAACUGGAGAUGUGUUUAUGGAGAAACACUGGAAGAGUGUGGUGCCGAGGUCAGUGUGUGACUACUUCUUCGAUGCACAACGGAAGAGCACCACCCCCGACGACAUUCCCCCUGUGAUUGCGACCCCUCACCACUAUCUCAUCAGCAUCUAUCGAUGUUCCCUCUUCUUUGUUGCUGUCUCGCUCACUGAAGUGCCUCCUUUAUUUGUGAUCGAGUUCUUCCAUCGUGUUGUGGACACAUUUGAGGAUUACUUUGGAGAGUGCAAUGAGACCAUCAUCAAAGAGAAUUACGUUGUGGUCUAUGAGUUGCUGGAUGAGAUGCUGGACAAUGGGUUCCCAUUGGCCACAGAGAGCAACAUCCUCAAGGAACUCAUCAAGCCCCCAAACAUACUGCGUACUCUCAAGAACACUAUCACUGGAGAUUCUAACAUGAGUUCAACACUACCAAUGGGCCAGCUGUCUAACAUCCCCUGGAGACGGCAAGGAGUUAAAUACACAAACAAUGAGGCUUACUUUGACGUCAUCGAGGAAGUGGAUGCCAUCCUUGACAAGUCUGGUGGGAUUGUCAAUGCCGAGAUCCAAGGAAGGAUUGAGUGCUGUGUGAAGCUGAGCGGAAUGCCAGACCUCACACUGUCGUUUGUGAAUCCCCGCCUUGUUGAUGAUGUCAGCUUCCAUCCUUGUGUUCGCUAUCGACGCUGGGAGUCAGAGAAGGUGCUGUCAUUCAUCCCACCAGAUGGGAACUUCAUCCUGAUGACAUACCAUGUGGGUGGGAUGAAUGCUUUCCCCAUUCCCGUCUAUGUUCGUCAUCACAUCGGGCUGCGUGGGGAGCCUGGCGGGGCACGGCUGGACAUAACCAUUGGGCCUAAGCAGACCAUGGGACGCUUGUUGGAAGAUGUGAAGCUGGAGAUGCCAAUGCCCAAGGCGGUGCUGAACUGCAUGCUGACUCCAUCCCAAGGUCGCUAUUCAUUUGACCCUGUGAAGAAGGUCCUCUUCUGGGAUGUGGGACGCAUUGAGGCUGGCUCUGUCCCCAACAUUCGUGGCACAGUGAGCUUACAAAGUGGAGCCCCUGCCCCAAAGAGCAACCCAAGCAUCAACCUCCAGUUCACGCUGACACAGCUGGCUGCAUCUGGGUUGCGAGUGAACCGGCUGGACAUGUAUGGGGAACGCUACAAGCCCUUUAAGGGGGUGAAGUAUAUCACCAAAGCUGGCUACUUCCAAGUCAGGACAUGAGAGCUUGCCAUGUCCCUGUUUGGCUUGGCUUGGUACAUAUUUAUCAUGUAUUGUGUUUUCUUCAUUUUUGAAGGUUAUCAUUCCAAAUAUAUGAGGUUCUUCAGUCUAUGCGAUCACCUAUUUGCCAGUAAUGCAGUCUGAGAUGGAA